AAUCAAAUUUUGGGACCAGCUCUGGCGCAUAGGUUGUACUGUUUCCGUGCUAGGAGUUAACUUUCUGGGUUCCUACUCUACAAUUACCAGCUACAGCCCGUUUUUAAUUUGUGCAUAGUAUUGAUGUGUGGUGUGGGAUUUUGCCGUCGUAUUCACCAAAACUUAUGCAUAUGCUUAGCUAUAUACACUCUAUUUGAGUAUCGUAUUCCGUGUGCCCACUGUCAUGAUCAUGAUGCUACGUUAAAUAAACACUCAAGUGUGUUGUUUGCAUCACUUACAAAUGAUAGCGAGUAUAUGGACAAAGAAAUGCUCGCGAAUUUCCUGAGGUCCUUGCAUCUGUACGAAGAAUCUCCCCAUGAGAACGAUUCCAAAGAAGACAAGGUUAGUCAUAGAUGACAUCACUUACGGGAUAUCUCGUGCAUUUUCAUGAACUGAUAUUGACAGACAUAACUUGCCAAUUCGUCAGCUCGAUCCUGGUAAAUACGUUUCCUGAAGAACACUUACCAAACAUUUUGCUCAAAAUCUCCCUAUUUUGGGGAAGAUUUUGUCCGUUUUGGGUAAAUUUUGGGAAGCCGCAGUAGAAAACUUUGAUGAAGUUUUUGAGAAAAGGCACAAAGCCCCCAAAAUUUUCAUAGGUUUGGGGAAAAUCGCGAUGCUUUAUGCAUCAACGUUUUCUAUGUAUAACUUCAUUUUAGAUUGCGUAGUGUUUUUGCCAUUAUCUAAGUGUUUUGCACGUCACUUUCCUACCGUUCGUCGUCGUUCCCCUUAUCUUUGUUUGUUGAUGCAGCUCAUUCUUUGAAUGUUCUCCUCUCUUCGUGCAUAUACAGUUUUACAUUGUUGUGCUACAUCAAGAUACACUCGCUCUUCAAAUCUAUGUAUGAUUCUUCCGUUUGCAGGAUCUUGGAACUAUCGUCAUGUACAUCAUGUAAUAGACUUCACAAACAAUGAAUUACUUCCCUGUGCAGAAGUUUCCACUUUCCCGUGUGAUGAAAACGUUUUGUUUUAUUGUGUUAUAUUAAUUUCCAAAAAGAAUUUCUUAUGCUUAAACCAUGUGUAAGGUGUGGCUGUUUAUGGUGUAAAGUGAAUUCAGUCUUAUUGGUUCUUGUCCGAAGAUUGUUUACUGCUAUAGAGACUAACAGUGGAAACGUUAUUUUCGUUUUCCGAUCACUUUCGUUCCAAUAGAUUUCUUAUCCAUCGCUUACUGUGUGUAUCGUAACAUUCAGAGAUUUUAAAAUCCAUUUUCAGUCCCGAAUAAAAGCCAGAUGGUUUGCUCUAUCACACCUAGUCUACCUGGAUAUGAUAGGUCUUUCUGAGUAUAGCUAGGUCUCGCUAUCUUGGUUUCCUGAUUUGAAUAUGUACAUGUGGUCAGAACGUUUAUGGUUUUCCUUAUGUAUUUCAGGUUUAAUGAUAUACGAUUUGUCAUCCAGUGGUGUGUUAAUUUUUCUCUCACUAAGCGCUGUUUAAAUAAACUUCAUUGUACUCUAGAUAAUGUGGAUUUAGCUAAGCUGUAGGAUAUGAUCUUAUGGCUUACUGAAUGCCAAACUGUUCUUUGCUUCUAUAAACUUAAUUUUCAGCGGAACUAAGGUGUGCCUCGAUUUUUUCAAUUCUACAAGUUGUUUAGUAGUUCUCACCUACUGCUAGUAACAUGUUACCUUUACAUCUGUACUAUUUAGUGUUUCACGGCAAGUGAAAUGUUCGAUUUAUUUUCUCCCAAUCACUCACAUCUAAACCAAACGGAUUUUCAUGCGUUGUUGCCGACUAUCGUUUAUGAGUUAAAAACUGGAGUUUGUAAGCACAAUCAUGUACACGAAGUAGUUCCUUCAACGCACGAGUUCAGUUGGAAAGCCUUUCUAGCUGCAAUCGGUGCUGUGCUUUUGGUGAGCUUUUCAGGACUUAUUGUUGUAUGUUUGGUACCUCUAAUGUCCCGAAGUUUUUACAAUGUUGUAACUCAAUUCCUUAUAGCGCUUGCAGUUGGGUCACUUGCUGGUGACGCCUUUCUUCACUUAAUACCUCAUGCUUUUUCUGGUGCUGGACACAUCCAUCACAACCAUGAUCACGAAACUAAUAUUGUUCAUGAACAUACUGACGAACAUCACCACGAAUCUAUAUCAUCAACAAAACUCAGCUCGCACCGGAAAAUGAUUUUGGAGGCACUCAUAGCUCUACUAGGCAUUUAUAUAUUUUUCUUAACUGAGCGGCUUACCAUCAUCUGCCAAAAUAAAAUGUCUAGACGGAAGUUGAAACGUCAACAUAGUACUGCAUUGAACGAAAGCCAGAUGUGUAAUUGCUCUCCUGAACGACCCAUGGAUAAUAGUCGUUGCGUAGAUUAUCUUAAUGAAAAGCAAAUAAGUGGUUCAGAUGGUGCUAAUCAACCGCACUGGUCGUUCAACAACAAUAUUGUGCCGCCAACAGAUACAAUUGAGGCGGUAGCAAAUAUUGAUCAACAACAUUUUAACGGUGGUGGUGUUGUUGUUGAAGGUCACUAUGCAAAACUAUCCGAUUUGAGAAAGUCAUCAGUGCACAAUAAUAAUAAGAAUAUUAAUAAUGAUAAUAAGCAAACAUCUGUCAUAAAUAAUGGAGCAUCCGUAGUUGAUAUGCUUGAUGUGAAACAAAAUAAUACUACAUUAGAGCUUGCGAACCCUGCUAAUAAUACUCCUUCACAAAUUGGUAAACGUAAUGCAAUUUUAAGGACGAAUUCGUCAUUCGAUUAUAUUGGUGGCGGGGAACAAAUUCAAACACAUCCACAUCGUGAUAAACCACAUGGGCAUCAUCAUGGUCAUAGUCAUGAUUUAAGUUCUGUUCGUGCAAUUGCUUAUACUAUAAUUGCUGGUGAUGGAUUACAUAACUUUUGUGAUGGUAUAGCUAUUGGCGCUGCAUUCGCGAAUGAUAUGCGUGGUGGUCUGUCAACUUCAAUAGCUGUAUUAUGUCAUGAACUCCCACAUGAACUAGGUGAUUUUGCUGUUUUACUUCAUGCUGGAAUGUCUGUAAAAUCAGCUUUAUUUUAUAAUUUAUUAUCCAGUAUAUUAUGUGCUGCUGGUAUGAUUAUUGGUUUUUUACUUGGUGGAAUGCAUUCAUUAGAUACAUGGAUAUUUAUGUUAGCUGCUGGAAUGUUUAUUUAUAUUGCAUUAGUUGAUAUGAUGCCAGAAUUAUCGGCUAAUCAACUUAAAGGUAAUCGACGUUGUCAUCAACCGAGUGUUUUAUUUAUAUGGCAAAAUUUUGGUAUCCUUUUAGGUUUCUGUAUAAUGCUAUUAAUAGCAUUUUAUGAAUUUCAAUUUAUAUCACAUUAACCAAACAAAAAAAAUAUUUUUUUUACAUCGUUUCAAAUCAUAUUUCUUUAAGCACCCCCACCCAUCCGCAACCCCUCACCCCCCACCUAUCUCUUUUUUUCUUUUCUUUGAUGAAAAAAUAAAGAAAAAAUAUUGAUUAUUUCCGUUGACAAAUUACAUUUCUAUUUUUUUUCUUUAUCUUUGCAUCUUUUUUUUAUUUACCCAAUUUGAUGUAAUUAAGAAAAACCAAACAUUAUUCUCUCUUUUUUUUGUUUGUUUUUUUUCCCCU